CCGGAGCGCAGCAUGCCGCCUCUCGCCCCUGUCUGCUGGAUGCUGCUGGCCAUCCUGGCUCCCGUGCGAGGUCUGCCCCUGGUGGAUGGAGAAGGCACAGAGACCCCUGACGUUCCGCACACCGCCUCUCAUGGGCGUCCGGACCCUGUCUCUCUGGAGCAACUCGUACAUCAAGCUGUCCUGAAAAAAGACUUUCUGCAGCAGGAUGUCUUCUUCACAGGUACAACCUCUGUGCCAACGCGGGCUGCCCCAAUCUCGCUGUCUGAGGACGUGGCGACCGUUGGAGUCAGCGAGGCCUCGGGGGUCCUCACCACAGCAGUUGGUGGAGCCUUCUCCCUGCCUCCCCCUCUCAGCACCCUUACCCCACCAUCUCCAGCCCCCACCGGGGGUCCUGGACCCUCCCCCGAGGGAGAGGAAGAGACCACAACCACGCUGAUUACAACCACAACUGUAACGACAGUACACAGCCCAGUGUUCUGUAAUAAUAAUAUUUCGGAGUCGGAGGGGAUCCUGGAGACCCCGGAAUACGCCGGCGGCUCCUUUUUUGGCGGCCUGGACUGUACGUAUAGCGUGUCCGUGUAUCUUGGGUAUGGAGUGGAGAUACAGGUGGAGAAGCUGAACCUGUCCAAGGAGGAAGCUCUGAGCGUGGAGGGGCUCGAGGAGGACCGGCGCUUCCUGCUUGCAAAUGAAACACUGAUGGCCGAGGGUCAGGUGAUCCGCAGCCCCACCAAUCACAUUGCAGUACGUUUCCAGACCUACCGCACCACCAACCCUGGCUCCUUUAAACUGCGUUACCAAGCGUUCGUCCUGAGCUGCGUCUUUCCCCCCCGGCCUGAGAACGGGGAGGUAACGGUCACGGAUCUGCACCCCGGGGGGGCCGCCAAUUUCCGCUGUGCCCCCGGCUUCACCCUCAGAGGACAGGACUCCCUGGUGUGCCUGAACAUCACCCGGCCGCAGUGGAGCGGAAACCCGCCGGUGUGCGCAGCGUCCUGCGGAGGAAUCAUCCGAAACGCCACGGUGGGACGUAUCGUGGCACCUGAUGUUUCAGGUAUCCAUGGUAACAAUCUCAGCUGCCAUUGGCUGAUUGAGGCCUCGGAGGGACAGCGGCUCCACCUGCACUUUGAGAGAGUGUCACUAGAUGAGGACAACGACAGGUUGGUCGUGCGCUCGGGGAGCUCCCCUCUCUCCCCUCUGGCCUACGAUUCGGAUAUAGAUGAUGCCCCAGAGAGAGGUCUCCUGAGCGAUGCGCAGUCUCUUUAUAUAGAGCUCAUCUCAGAGAACCCGACGGUCCCUUUACUGCUCAGUCUGCGCUACGAAGUGUUCUCUGAAUCCCGCUGCUAUGAGCCGUUCCUGGCGCACGGGAAUUUCAGCACCACGGACCCUCUCUUUGGCCCUGGGGCGCUGGUCUCGUUCUCCUGUAACGCGGGGUACAUGCUGGAGCAGGGCCCCUCGGUGAUCGAGUGCGUGGACCCCGCCGACCCCCACUGGAACGAGAGCGAGCCGGUGUGUAAAGCGCUGUGCGGGGGUGAGAUCUCGGAGCCCGCCGGGGUGAUCCUGUCUCCUGAUUGGCCGCAGAACUACGGCAAGGGCCAGGACUGCGUGUGGGGCAUCCACGUCCAGGAGGAUCGCCGGGUUCUCCUAGAGAUAGAGAUUCUGAACAUACGACGCAGCGACGCGCUGACCGUGUACGACGGAGACGACCUGACGGCGCGGGUUCUCGGCCAGUACAUGGGGGUCCACCAGAGGUUCAACCUCUUCUCCUCGGCCAACGACGUGACGCUUCAGUUCCAGUCUGACCCCAACGACCCCGUAUUCAGCCUGAGCCAAGGCUUCAUCAUCCACUUCAAAGAGGUCCCACGGAACGACACUUGCCCCGCGCUCCCCGAGGUGCCCUACGGCUGGAAGACGUCCUCGCACCCCGACCUGAUCCGCGGCACCGUCGUGACCUAUCAGUGUGAGCCUGGCUAUGACAUCACUGGAUCCGAUAUCCUCACCUGCCAGUGGGAUCUGUCUUGGAGCAAUGCCCCGCCCACCUGCGAGAAAAUCCUGAACUGCGCAGACCCCGGGGAGAUUGCGAACGGCGGCCGCCAGACAUCGGAUGCGCGCUUCCCCAUUGGCUCGCGGGUCCAGUAUUCGUGUAACGAGGGGUACACUCUGGAAGGGAGUAAGACCCUGACCUGCUACAACAGGGACACCGGGACCCCCAAAUGGAGCGACCGCAUCCCAAAGUGCGUCUUGAAGUAUGAGCCGUGUCUGAACCCCGGGGUCCCUGAGAACGGCUACCAGACCCUGUACAAGCACCACUACCAGGCGGGCGAGGCGCUGCGCUUCUUCUGCUACGAGGGCUUCGAGCUGAUAGGCGAGGUCACCAUCACCUGUGUCCCCGGGCAUCCGUCCCAGUGGACCAGCCAGCCGCCCCUCUGCAAGGUUGCCUACGAGGAGCUUCUUGACGACAGAAAGUUGGAAGUUACCCAGACAACAGAUCCUUCCCACCAGAUGGAGGGCGGGAACAUUGCGCUGGCCAUCUUCCUGCCAAUCAUCCUGGUCAUCCUUCUGAUUGGUGGGAUUUACAUCUAUUACACAAAGUUUCAGGGGAAGUCCCUCUUUGGAUUUUCAUUCCCGGCUUCCCAUUCAUACAGCCCGAUCACCGUGGAGUCCGACUUCAACAACCCCUUAUACGAGGCUGGGGACACGCGGGAGUACGAGGUGUCGAUCUGAAGCGGGGGGCAGUUUGUGGGUAUUGGGUGGGUGUGGGGGGGGGUUGUGGGGCAAAUAAGGCAUAUCAGAUUAUUCACAGUUCGAGGGUCUUUAUUUCAAAGUCACCGCCGCACCACCCCGCGCCCCCUUCAUCGUGUGACCUUCUCAGGCCGCAGCCGGUGACCUUUCACCUUUGUAAGCGUCAUUUGUGCCAAAGUUUCAC